AUGGUGCAAUCUCCGAAGUUGAAGUCAGCCGCAAAGCAACCUGCGGCCGAAAUUUCAAGCAGCAUCCCCACAUCAUUCCCAGCCAAACCAAUCUCGACGAUAAAGCUUCCCGGGCUUCAAGCAGCGCUUCAGAAAGUAGCUUCCGCACGGGGUAGGUUUCAUGUGCAAAAGAUUGCCAUAUUGGUCCGGUGGGAAAACGAUGACACUGGUGCAGAGAAUGACCUGGUGACAAUGGAAUCAAUUCUGAAACCGGUUGGGGUUCAAUGCAAUAGAUUUGUGAUCUCAAAUUCGGACACAAAACCCGCCUGGAGUCUUAAAGAGAAGACGAACAAACUCCUUUCACAAUGCGUCCGGUCGUCACUACCCUCUCUAUUCGUUUUCUAUUAUGCUGGUCAUUCUGGCCUGUAUGAUGGUGCUCUAUACUUCACCUCACGCCAAAAAAAGAUUAUAUGGAGGUCUGUCAGUGGUAAUCUGGAAUGUGCACAGUCAGUUGAUUCUUUGGUUAUACUGGAUUGCUGCUAUGCGGCCGCUGAAACAAGGCUGCCUGACUGGACAACGAAUAUUCAUAUCAUGGCAGCGUGUGGAGCUCAUGAAAUUGCGUCCGAUCGCUCGAAUCGCGCUUCGUUUACCCAAAGGCUGUUCCGCGCUAUGCAAAACUUCAAGGGCCAGGAAAAGUUCACAACAGCUGAGUGGUACCAGCAAGUACAACUGGAGAAGCCUAAGAAUUGCCCCCACGCUAUGUUCGAAAUGUUAAGCGGCACCGGAACAGUUAGCCUUGUAUUUAGUGAUGCUAGUCCAUCCCGCCUCCCUCGGCCAAUAUCUGGAGUGAGCCAAAAGCACGUGCUGGUGAAGUUGACGCUUGAGGGGCAACGAGAGCCACGAGACAUUGUGGCUGGCUUUUCAAAAGCUAUUGAAUCACUACCGCCGAAUAUGAAAGUUGAGAUCCGCGAUGCAUUCGAAACAGAUGCCUCCGUUUUAUUCAUCCUGCAUAUGUCAUGGGAAGGGUGGGUUCUGUGGACCAGCGUUACACACUUAGAUUUCGUUGGUGUAACUCUAGGCCCUACUCUAAUCGCCCGCGCAGCGAUUCCCCCUAUCCCAACCUCUCAGGAGAAUAUCCUCCUUGAAAACCUGUCUCUGAAGGAAGAUAAAUCUUCUUUCUGA